AUGUCAGCGACUAAGGUAUUAGCUAAAAUAGUUCUAUCUACUAAUGUCAGUAUAGAAAAAGAUAGACUAGUCUCUGAUAAUGACGAAGCUUUUAAUGAUUUUGAGGUUGUUACGAAGUUAGGAAAAGCUGAUCUCAUAUUAGGAAUACUAUAG